GGAGAUCUGGGACAGAGCACGUGACAUGCAGGAGGCUUGCUUUGCUAAGGUGAGAUCUUGUUUAAUUUUAGCUUCAAGUGGUCUUAUUCAAAAACAACAGUAACAGUGGAGCAGAAGUCAUAUCGGAAUCAAAAUUGAUAAGGUUGGAAAAGACCACUAUGAUCAUCUAGUCCUACCAUCAGCCCAUCACCAUCAUGCCUGUGUACUACCCAGGAUAAGUUUCUCAAAAAAGUGUCAUAAUUGUUUUGCUGACUGUUUUAUGUUGCCGGAGAAAGGAAAUGGCAUCAGUCAUAGUGCUUGGGAAAUACAGAUUGCACCCACAAAGCUAAAUCUCAGCUUGUGGAGCCCCACCUAGGGAUGUGUUCCUGUCAUAUUUGGACCAAAGUGGAGAAGUGAUGUAAGGGCAGAAUUUGCAGUAACAAGUGGGAAUGGCCACUGACACAGUGUACAAAAGGGAGCAACAGGUAAGCGAUGAGGUUACAUUAUCUUUGCAGUUAAGGUUUAAAGAGACAGCUGAACCAGCCUGCUUUCUGCUAAUAGGGAGAGAACACACACAUAUUCUGUAUGUGCACGGUGUUGUCACAGAAAUGUAAAUGCAGUAGGAAUGCUGCUCUAGACCAAUUCUUCCUAUUUAUGAAGAGAUUAAGCGGAAUUCCCUCAAGUUUUUGUUCUCUCCCCAUUCUGCAGAUGAGCUCCUGCAACCUCCCACAGUAAGGGUGCUUCUGAUGUCACCUGAAGCUGGUGCAUAGCUUGUUGGGUGUGGUGCAGUAUCUGACAAGGUAGUUCAGAUGGCAUCUGAAUGCAGGUGCUUGAGAUAAGCACCAUGAAGUGCUGGAAGGUCAUAUCUUUUGUGAUGGUGAGAUUACUGUGUAUGUACGAGACAAAAUGAAUGUGUUUUAUUGCUGAUUUCUGAACUUUGCCUCACAAAAACAUUUAUGGUACAGUCAAGGAAAAAAUACCUCAUUCCUCAAAUCUGCACAGAAAAAAAAUGCUUUUGUUGAGUUAAAGUUUAAAGCUUUACAAACUUUAACUGAAACACAAAGCUCUACUGGGAUGGGGGGGGGGGGGGGGAGGAACAUGAUAGCUAAGUUUUUAGUCUUUAUUCCAAGCAAGGUUUCAACUGAUAGGGUUAUUUUUUUUUUCUAUUUUUUUUCUGUUUGUUGUUGGGUGGUUUGGUUUCUUUUGGCUUUGUUUCAAAGUGACUGUGGAGGUUUGGGGUAUGCACGACAUCCUCUGUGCACACAAAAUGUAUUCAGUCUCCACCACAGGCCUGGGCUGGAUGCUUGUGCUGCAUUCCAAAACGAAUCCCACCAAGUGGGACACUGAGCCUUCUCCUUCUGUAAGAGUGUCAGUUGGUAUCCAAGUAGAGAAAGGUAUGAAGUUGUUUUGGGAUAUACAAUAAGGAGGUUCUCUAGGGAGAAGAGAACUUUGGGAAGAACUCUUUGUUUCAGGAACACUCCUCUGGAAGCAGCAGUAGAUUUAGCUUUUGCUAUCGUGUUAAUUGUCUUCUGGAAGUCUGUUGAGAGACAGCAUUAACUUUCUUGCAAUGAGAACAUUUUAUAAGUUAUUUGCUUUAAACUCAGUUUCUCAAAUCUCUUCCAAGAGUGCCAAGUAUUAGUAGCCCAGUUAGCUGUGAAGUUCUCAUCAUUGUUUGCUGGAAUGUGAGUUCUUAUUCCUGAACUUUGGAGCUGUUUUGAUUGUUUAAAUCUGUUUUUUCUCCUCUAAAGAUUUAUUCUCUAUAUGCUUCCAUUUCAUAGAAUGCAGGCUUCCUCUCUAGGCAUUGAAUUUUGGCCUUUCUCAACCGUCUCAUUGAGCUCAGCAUUCCUGCAGCACUGGGGCGUUCUGUUUGCCCCCUCUUUCCGGAGGCGCUGUCAGUGGGAUCUCCUUUGUGUGUUUUGUUUUGUUAAUGUGGUGUGGGUUUAUGUUGUUUUAUUUUGCCUUGUGUUUUGUUUUUCCCCAGAGGCACGAGCAUAUCUCUAACUGGGAAAAUAGCUUUUGGCUGGAACAAGCGGACAGGAGGGCUGCUAUUGCGAUAUGAUUUAUGCUCUAAAUUUCUCUUUCCACAUGUCGAUGGCACAGACAAAACAUUUUUAGAUUUAAAAAAAAAAAAAAAGAGGGCUGCGUGCUUUCCAAGGUUCUAUUUUUAUUUUAACCAGUUCUCCAAGAGCAUACCUGAGAAAAUAUAGCAAACUGUGGUUGUUUAGUAAGAUUGCUUAAGGUAUGACAAUCCGGAACUGGGGCAAUAAACGUUUGUAUUGUGUUUGUUUAGCCCUUUGACUUUCAUUUUUCGGAUUAACAAUGAUAAGCCAAGAUAGGAUUCAAGGUCAGAGCGGUAGUUUGUUUUGCUCUUUGCUUUUUCUUAGCUUCUGCUCACUCGGGGAGGUUUCAGACUCCAGAUACUGCUGUGUUGGGGAAGAAACUCCUGUGCCCUGAGCAGGCUGGCAGCGGGAGGAGUCCCAGCAGCAGCUGAUCCUGUCCUGCUGCAUGGAGAAAGUUGCUAGAGUGAACUCUGCCCUAUUCAGGAGUGGCAUAGAUAUGACUCAUCUGUUCUCAUCUGCAGUUGAUAUUAAUCUAUUUAUUGUAUUUACAAAGUACGGCUACACGCACCUUUCUGCUGGCGACCUCCUUCGAGACGAACGGAAAAGGCCAGGCUCACAAUAUGGAGAACUCAUUGAGAACUACAUUAAGGAGGGGGAAAUCGUACCAGUUGAAAUAACCAUCAGCUUGUUGAAGAGGGCUAUGGAUCAAACAAUGGCUGCAAAUUCCCAGAAGAACAAGUUCUUGAUUGAUGGCUUUCCCAGAAACGAAGAUAAUCUUCAAGGCUGGAAUAAGACUAUGGAUGGAAAGGCGGAUGUUUCUUUUGUUCUCUUUUUUGAUUGCGACAAUGAGAUAUGCAUUGGUCGCUGUCUUGAAAGAGGCAAGAGCAGUGGCAGGAGUGAUGAUAAUCGGGAGAGUCUGGAAAAGAGAAUUCAUACAUAUCUGCAGUCGACUAGGCCUAUAAUAGACUUAUAUGAGAGAAUGGGAAAAGUUAGAAGAGUGGAUGCCUCUAAAUCAGUUGAUGAAGUCUUUGAAAAAGUUGUACAAAUAUUUGACAAAGAAGGCUAAUUUCCAGCUUGGAAGAUCAUUUAAACUUGUGCUUGAAUCUUGCUUGAAUAGCUGCUACUGCAGUCCACACUUUGUAAUUGUUUUAUGUUGGGUUUUUUGUUGGGUUUUUUUUUUUUCACAUAUCAAAUGACAAUUGGAAAAGCAGUUAAUUAAAAAUGGAUGCUUUGUUUUUGUUUUUUUAAUAGGAAAUCUUUUCUUGUGGCUAUAGUUACGAGUUUUGUGGUUCUCCAUUAGUAUAAGUUUGGUUGCUCACACAGCAAAAUCAUAGUUAAAACAUCUCUCUCAAGAGACUGUUCUGUCACAGUUCUGUGCCUAUCACAGGCAGCCCUUCUUAUUCCUUAUUGCCAUACACCUGUUCUUCAUGAUCAAUUAAGCAGCAGCACUAAGCAUUGCCCUUGUUUGUCUUUUGGAUACCUGGACCAAAUUGAAGAGACUGGGAUUUUUUUUUUCUUCAGAGUGUAAUUUUUGUCACCAAGUUCUCUGUUAUCCCCAAACAUGGAUUCUGUAGGUAAAACUGCAGUUAGUAUGAGAAUCUGCUUUUGUAGUUCUCACAAAACUACUUAAUAUGCUGUUCAGCAAUAGACAUACAAAGUACUCAUUGGAAAGGGGUGCUGUCUCACGAUUCUGGGUGUAAACUGUCUUGUAAAUUCUUGACUACCUGGAUGACAUGGCCCUGGGCUAUGCCUUGUCUUCAUUUCCAAAAUGCUGAGGGUACGUUUUUAAGUCAGGUCAGUAUUUCCAUACUCAUUUAUUUUGAAUGAUAGUUUUGUUCUUAAUUAGAGCACGGCCUUCACAAGGUGCAAAACUAUUAAAUAGUGUACAGUAAGCCAACUCUUCUAACAGUUCUGUCUUUUGUAACAAGUAGAAGGGAUUUUCUGUAUUAUAAUUACUGCAAUACUGUGUCACUGAAUGCUUUAAGGUUUAUUACCUGGGGAAAUAUUUUUAUGGUUAAACUUGUGAAUUUGUUUCCCUGAAAUUGUAUAAUUUUAAUAACUGUUUGUUUGAGAAGAUUAUAAAUUAUUGCACUUUUGUUACGAUGUGGCCAGCAACAAGGAAGGUAUCUUGCAGAAGGAAGCUCUGUUCCCUUAAACAGAUUUGAUCCUGCUUUAUCACAUUCUCUUGAAUUAGUGCAGUCAGAUGCCAUUAUAUUUGGGAGAAGCAGGUAGCUAGCUGAAACAAGCAGUGUUUUAAAUGUUUGUACAGAUGUGUAAUCCUGCCUUUUGUUUAAAGUAACCCCCCCACCUCCCAUCAGACUAGUAUGCACAGGUCUGUGGGGGCCCGACCAUGCAUUCCUUGCACGCCCUAAGCUUUCACUGAAGAAAGCCCCAGAAGACUUGAGGAUGGGUGUUUUAACUGAUUUUAGUGAUAGAAUUUGUCUUGCUGCAUUAACUGACACUGUAAUUGGUUUAUGAGAUGCUAAUGGGUGUUGCCAAUUACAGCUUGGAAACGUUGGGGUUCAGCUUUUCUUUAUUGAUUACUCUCUAUUUAAAGGAAGCUUUAAAUUUAGCCUACCUUCUAAUGAGAAUCAGAUGUGUUGGUUCUCAUGCUGUGAUCUGCUCUCUGCUGGCAGAUUUGUACGUGCAUGAACUCUCAUUUUACUGAGGUUCUCGAGGCUGUUGGACUGGGUAAGAGAAAUACAGAAACAAAGGGUAAACUACAGUAUCUUUUCUGGUUCGGUGGUAAUUCUAGCAGAGUACUGAGCACAAAUACCUGUUUACUACUGCAGAAUAUAUGGACCAUGACUACUGCUGUGAGUGUGGGAGGCUAAUGCUUUUGCUUGACGGAUUUUCCCUUAGAUAAAUAAAUCAUGGGAUGUAAAUCUUAUUCUAUAAGUAUGCUGACAUAGGAUGGGAUCCAGUGGAACUGUUUUAAUGUGAAGGUUAAAAUCAAGGUUUUUUUGAAGAAGACUUCAAGCAGGAUUCUUUAAUCUACUUAGAGAUUGAAUAAGUUUUCUUUCUAAGUUACUGGCUCUUGCAGAUUCUGCUGAGAACGGUGUACUGCUUUUCUCUCAUUGUAUACUUUGUGUAUUUAAGUGCUGAAGGAAGCAAAACCCUUAUAGCAAAGUUGGUUUUGUUUUGUUCACUUUGUUUUUUAAGAAAUAAUGUUUCAGCAAUAUUGAAUUUGGAGUGGAUUGUAAUGUGUCUGUGCGAAGGCUAUUUGUCAUUUUAUUUAUUUAAGAUGCCAUUAAUUGUUACCAAUUCUUUCAAGUCAGAGUUAAGAUUGAAAUGAAGAUUAAAGGUAGUAUGCCAAUGUGUCAUGCCCAUUUAGCAGCAAAACUGUACAAAGAAUUUGAGAAGAUACAAUAAACUUUGUUCUGUGGCUUAA